AUGCAGCCAUAUACUAAAACCGAGCUAUUCUUCGGAAGUUCAAAGGAGGACGAAGAAUGCGAUUUCUACGCCGUAAUCGACGCCUUAGAGACCGAGGCGUAUGCACAUUGGCCCAACGAGGCGGGGUUUGAAGGUCUAGAUGAAGUGCGUGGCCCCAUAGAACUUACCGUGAAGGGGUCAAUCCCAUCUUGGGCUGCUGGCACCUUGUUCCGCACCGGCCCUGGGCAGUACACCAUCGAGGACACUGCCAAAGGAACCUUCCGCACCACACAUUGGUUCGAUGGCCUGGGACAUACGCAUAAAUUCAACAUUAUUGCCAAGUCGUAUGACUCUGGUUCUCCCGUCAAGGUUGAAUAUUCUUCCCGCCGCCAAAGCCAAGCUCUUUGUGAUGCUAUCAAGAAAACUGGACGACGAAAUGAUAUCAGUUUUGGACAACGCAUGGAUCCUUGUGUCGGUAUCUUCGCGAAGAUUAUGAGUACAUGGCGUGGUGCUCCUGUAGUCCAAAGCCCCGAUUUUAACAAUAUCGCAGUCGUGGUCUACAGGGACAUGCCUGGUUUACCGUCCAAUGCUAAAAGCACAACUCCGUCCGCCGGUCACAGAGGAGGCAAUAAGUCUAUGUGGUUAACCUCAGAUAUGGGUAUCGUGAAGGAAUUCGACCACCAGACUCUAGAGCCGAUCGGGAUAGCCAAGCAACAGACUCUCCAUCCUCUCCUUAAGGGGCCCCUUAGUUGCGCCCAUGCCCAGCGAGACCCGGCGACGGGCGACUUCUUCAACUAUAAUCUCGAAUUGGGCUAUCCUGCAACGUACCGCGUCUUUCGAACGAGAGCUUCGACGGGCGAGACUGACAUCUUAGCUACGAUAUAUGGUAAAGAUGUAGAGCCGGCGUAUAUCCACUCCUUUUUUCUUUCGCCUUCCUUCGUCAUCUUCUGCAUUCCAUCAUCCCAUGUUGGUCUAAUGGGCAUCAAGAUUCCAUGGGAAGGAAACAUGGUCGAUGCCAUCAAACCGUUCGACAAAUCCAAAUCUUGCAAAUGGUUCAUCGUCGACCGUCUUAGUGACCGUGGCGUAGUCGCCUCCUUCGAUAGUCCCGCAAGUUUCUUCUUUCACAGCGUCAACUCCUUCGAAGAGAGAGAUGAAGCAACUGAUAACACCAAUGUGUACUGCGACGUCAUCCAAUACCCUACUCUCGACGUAAUACGACAAUUUGAGAUGGACGUCAUUCUCCAGAGAAACGGCGCGACCACGAACUUCUGGAGAGAUGAAGCACGCACUCACAACUGCCAAGCCCGAUUGGUUAGAUGGAAGCUCGUCGUACCAAAGCUGGGCCCCGACGACGAACAGGGGAAGUCGAAGAAUCCAACGACAAAUAAGACAGCAGAGAAAGUUCUCAUGUUUACAGCGCCACUCGCAGGAGAACUACCAACCAUCAACCCGGCUUACGCGACGAAGAAGCACCGCUACGUGUACACGACAGCCAGCCGCGGCUUUAGCACUCUCUUCGACUGCAUCGUCAAGACGGAUAUCGACACGCGCGAAUGCAUAUAUUGGGAAGGUUUAAAGGGGCACACACCAGGCGAGGCAAUCUUCAUCCAGCGUCCGAAAUCUCACGAGGAAGAUGAAGUGGCGGAAGAUGAAGUGGCGGAAGAUGAAGGCGUGCUUCUGAGCGUUAUACUUGAUGGAUGUGGGAAGAAGAGUUAUCUCGUGUGCCUGGAUGCGAGGAAUAUGUUGGAGUUGGGACGUGCCGAGUGUGACUUCGCUAUCGCGAUCGGGUUUCACGGGUUGCAUCUGCCGCCUGAGACAUCCCCUGAGGCUACUUAG